UCAUCAGGCUAGGUUGAGGUGAAGUGUAACAGAACUUGUCUGUCUCCCUCAAGUCACGUACAGUUUUAUUUUGCACCCUUCAUCUCCAAUGCUAAUGCUCCGAUAGGCAGCAAAUUUUUUAAAGCGUCGCAAAAUAAUUAUUUUUAUAGCAAUGGCAUUUUUUAACAUUCAAACCUUGCUGGAAGCAGCUGAGUACAUCGAGAGGCGAGAGAGAGAAGCAGAACACGGUUACGCGUCGACGUUGCCUUGCGAUGUCGAAUUCAACAGGAAGAAAGCCAAAACGAAGAAAACCCCAAAUAACAGGUCCUCGCAUAAUGAGUUGGAAAAGCACAGACGGGCCAAGCUGCGGCUCUACCUCGAGCAGCUGAAGGAGUUGGUUCCGCUGGGACCUGACUGCUCCAGGCACACCACGCUCAGCCUGUUGAAACGAGCGAGGACUCACAUCAAGAAGUUGGAGGAACAGGACCGGAAGGCGCUGCACCAGAAGGAGCAGUUGCAGAGGGAACGCCGUUACCUGCGUCGCCGCCUCGAGCAGUUGGCUGUGCAGGGCCUGGAGCGGCUGCGAACGGAUAGUCUGGGCUCCACCGUCUCCACGGACCGCUCCGACUCUGAGCAAGAGGCAGACGUGGACAUUGAGGGCAUGGAGUUUGUCCCAGGAGAGCUGGACAGCGUGGGCAGUGCCAGUGACGCUGAUGACCACUACAGUUUACGGAGUAGCUCCAGCGACAGCGGCUAUGCAGACUCACGUACCAUCACCCCACGGCUCUCGUAGUGGCAGGGGGCGGCAAGGCCACACAUGGCACUUAUAGAGCCGAAUCUACCCUCUUGCCCCAGGGUUAAACUGCACUCUCACACUCUCCACCACCAGCUCUUGCCUUGCUCCUACCCUCACACACUUCCUUGCAAGUCCCUGACUGGAUUGGCGGACCGGACUGGACCCCCAACAGUUCCUGAGUGAAUGCCUGUCCAACCCAUCCGCUCCUGGAUCGGACCCCACCCCGCUCCCAGAUCGGAGUGUACGGGUCCGGAUCUCACCCCGCUCCCGGAUCGGAGUGUACGGGUCCGGACCCCACCCCGCUCCCGGAUCGGAGUGUACGGGUCCGGAUCUCACCCCGCUCCCGGAUCGGAGUGUACGGGACCGGAUCUCACCCCACUCCCGGAUCGGAGUGUACGGGACCGGAUCUCACCCAGCUCCCGGAUCGGAGUGUACGGGACCGGAUCUCACCCCGCUCCCGGAUCGGAGUGUAGGGGACCGGAUCUCACCCCGCUCCCGGAUCGGAGUGUACGGGUCCGGAUCUCACCCCGCUCCCGGAUCGGAGUGUACAGGACCGGAUCUCACCCCGCUCCCGGAUCGGAGUGUACGGGUCUGGAUCUCACCCCACUCCCGGAUCGGAGUGUACGGGUCCGGAUCUCACCCCCCCCCCCCCCCCAGAGUAGAUACUGCUCACACCCCACCCCUGGGCUGUUUGCCUAAUCUUCGGGAUUGGAUCCCAACACCCUCCCCUGCUCCAGGCCCCUGUUGGGUUCUAGUCCGUGCCUGACAGUUUGGGGUUGUAAGGAAGGUAGGGGUGGUAUCAGCAAUAAUCCAGGAUGAGUUGGAGAUGUGAUGGGGUUAAGAGCCAGCUCUAAUGAUUAUCCUCACAAGUAGAGCUUUGAUUUUCUUGAAGAAGUUUCUUUGUUUGAGUCCAAACUGUGGAGACCCCACGAUAAAAGUUACAGUGGGGCAGUGGGCCCAUCCUGCUCCCAGGCACACAGCGUAUGGGCAACAGCCUGCCACAUCUCCCAAUCACAUAUCCCAACUCCCAGCUUCCCAGGAGCAGUAACAAAAGAUGCACAAGGAACGCAGCAUUUAUGGAGGGGAAUAAACUAAUAAGACCAUAAGACAUAGGAGCAGAUUUAGGACAUUUGGCCCUUUGGAUAUUCUCUACCAUUCCAUCAUAGCUGAUGUCUCUCUAAACCCCAUUUUCCUACCUUUGACACACUGACUAAUCAAGAACCUUUUCCCCUCUGCUUUAAGUAUACCCAAUGACUUGACCGCUGCAGCCCUAGUGUCUCAAAGAAUUCCACAGAUUCACCGCCCUCUGGCUAAAAAAAAAUUCUCCUGGUCUUUCUUCUAAAUUGACAUCUAUUCUGAGGCUGUGUCAUCUAGUUCUAGACUCCCCCACUGUAGGAAGCAUCCUCUCUAGGCCUUUUAAUAUUCAGUAGAUUUCACUGAGAACCUCCCUUCCCCAUUCUGCUAAAGUCCAGCAAGUAUGGACUCAGAGCUGUUAAAUGCUUUACAUAGCUUUUUGUUCUGAAGAUCAUUCUUUAAGGAUGGGUCUCAUCUUGAAAGGUGGACUGUUUAUCCCCCUCCAUGGAUGCUGCCUGACUUGCUCAGUUCCUCCUGCAUCUUGUGUGUUGCUCGAGUUUUUCCAGUAUUUGCAGAAUCUCUUGUGUGUUCGAUUCCCAAGAGCAGGGUCGCUCUCUUAAAAGUGAGAGGAUGAUUUCCCGAGGGUUUGAUUGCCUCCCAGUUAAUCCGCAGGGGUUGGUGGUGUGUUAACACAGAACAUUGCGUGUGAAGCACUGCCCUGCCUGGCUACAGCGUUCCCCCUCCUCCACCCUCCCCCUUUAGAUCGCCUCUGUUGAGUGAAACUGGUCACCUUUACAGUCUUGCUUGGUGUUAGUCAUUAGAGCGUGGCUUUGUAGACAAACUGACCAAUUUUUAAAAAAAUAACGUCUCAAGAGAGGUCUCUUCAAAAAAAAACUUACAAAAAUCUUAGUCGAGUAAUUUUAACUGGUGUAGUAUCAAAUUUCCUGUAUCAAAAAUUUGUAUUAUAUUUUCCUAAAUGUUAUCUAAACUGUGCUUGCUGGGGAGAGCAGGGAUGGUGGAGAGGGGUGGAUGGGGUAAGGAAGGGGUGGUCUCUCUGCCAUUGCCACGUGGUGCCUUGGUGACUGUUCCUCAGGGACCCCUGUUGGUCUCAGGAUGCUGCCACUAAGCUUGCUUCCUCCACACCUUCUCCACCCCCCGACUUCCCCGAGCCCCUUGACCACUUCAGAAACCGAUGAGAACUUCUCGGCAGCUCUCGACCUCGUUUUUGCACUCUCAAGCCGACUGCUUGCCACCCUGCAACCCCAGGUUGUUUCUGGCUGGGGGCUCUUCCCUCGAGCUCCCUCCCAGUGGGAACAGUCGGUGCUUAGAACAUGGCAGCUGUAUUUUGGAAACAAAAAAAAAAGCCUUUUUAAAAAGAAGUAACAAAUAUAGAGUAUGCUAUUACAAUAUGGUGUUAUUACUGGACCAGUAAUUAAAGAACACACUAUCAAACCCCCGGCGGAGGGGUCAGACAGUGCUUCGUAUUGGACAGACAGACUGCCACAUUUACUGCAGUUUUUGUUUUGAAGAUUAUCUUGAGUUUAGUUCUGUUCUCUCUCUGUCAGUCUUGUAAACCAUCCAUUUCUGAACCACAAAAGCAAUAGUUUUACCUUCCAUUAUUUGGGCGACUGUUAAUAGGAUCAAAUUUGCCCUCCGUCCCUCUACUCACUAGAUAACGGGCUGAUCAGAUCAAACAGGAGAUGCGCGCAUGCGUGCACACACAUGCAGAUACAUAAGUAGAAAGGUAGACACGUACACAGCUACAGACACAUGCAGAGACACAGACACAGACGCAGAUACAGAGAGAGACAGACACAUAGAGAGAGACAGACACACACAUACAUAGAGAGAGACACACACACAGACAUCUGUUUGCUGAGGGUGAAACUCUGGCACAGAACCUCCAGCAUCCUGGGACAGAUGCAGGGCACUUACUGAACGAGAGUUGGACCACAAGGCAGGCUCACUGAGGAAAGGUUGUGGUCACAGAGAGAAGAGACUUGUGGUCCUGGGAGGUGAGGGUUGUUGGUUUCCUGAGGAUUCGCGCCCUCAGAAAAGUUUCCUGUUCUGAAUGGGAUGAAAAAAAUUAAUUCCUCUUUCCCCUCCCACCCCAACCUUUCCCACACAUGGAUCUAUCAAGUGUUUGACCCUCCAUUCCUUGUGUGGGACAUUUGCCAGACUGGGCACUGAUUUAACCCUAAACUUGCCUAUCUAUUCAUCUUUCAGGCUCCUGGGUGGGGCCUGUUGAUGGGGAAGGGGGCAGGUGUUGCUUCCUCCUGCAGGAGGAUGGUAGGGGUCCAUGGCCUUACAAAAGGUGGGGAGCCCCUGAUCUAGGAGAUGGCGACACUUUGAAGACUCCUCCCCCAGCUCUAACCAGCCGUCAGGUUUUUCGUAGGAGCUCAAGAAGGGGAGAAAUUUAACCUGCCCUCUUCCACCCCCGCCCCAUGCCUGAAUCGUGAGGGACACCGAGACCAAAGUAUUGGCAGUUCAGGGAAGUAGGUGUGGUUGGGGUAUCCCUGAGGGGAGAGUGGCCAAUGUGUAAGUGCGAUCCCAGUGUUUUCAGAUGGGGUGCUGCGUUCCGGUACCUAGGUACUGGUAGGCUCUAAUUCAAUGUCUUCCAUUAACUUAUAACUGCCUAAGUAAAAAAAAAACGGUUGUAUGUACGUUGGCAACAGGGACUCGAGCAUGAGCUUUGUGGGUCGAAUGGCCAGCCUGCGGGCUUGUGCAGCUGUACAACCAAGAGUGACCUCGUGAACAUGCCCCACACCACAAACGUGCCCCUCCCCUCCCUUCAGCUGCUGGGCCAUCGAAUGCUGCCCACUAGCCCCAGGCCACAGGGAUGUGUCAGCGCACCUCAUGCAUUUUUAAACGUGAAAUAGGAAAUUUUUUAGCAGUAAAGCAUUUGUGUUUUUUUUUGCUGGAUGGGAGAGGAAAAAAAUGGUGGGGGUGGGACUGGACAGAAAAUGUAGACUUUAUAUUUUAAAUAAGGUCUCCAAGAGACCAAAACGUUCCAUCCAUUUGUACAAUUGAUUAUUGCAAAGCAUUUUUAAGCGAUUGAUUUUUUUUUGUGUAUUGCUUCAUGAGGAAUUUGGCCUCCACCUGAUGGAUCAGGGAUUUGAAGAAGGGAAUGUUAUUGUGGUAUUAAAACAUCAUUUUGUUCCACAAUCACCAGCUUUUCUUAAAAAAAAAAGAGAUGUGAAAUAACAUUUAAAGAAAAUGGACUGAAUCAUUUCAUGUCAUUGGGGAUUUCAACAUGGAAGUGUUUUUUUUUGUGGCAGAAUGGAGCUGUGAAAAUUCUGUUUUUUUACGGUGAAGGUGAUCAGGGUGACUCCCGAGACACUGGCUGGUGAGGCUUCAGUAACUGGAGCUCCUGGGGAACGGAUUCACUUUUGUGUUUGGCCGCAGGGCUGUGGGGGAGAGGGCAGCGAGGAGGCCUUUGCGAAUGGCUUGAGGUACACUGGAUGGGUUCUGUGCUGGAGACUUGUGAAAAUGUAUUCAGGAGCUCUCUUCAGUAUGGAAUGCUUUAUAUAGCUCCUAAGAUGUAUAAUAUAAAUUCACACAUUCAUGGUGCUGGCUACUCCCAGUAGCACAGUGAAGGCAAUGUGUUGUAUCAUUCUUUCAUUGUAAUAUAAUAAAACAUUUUUUUACAUCA